AUGAAUCAAGACCCAAAGCCGUUUCUUAAACGAUUUCUUGCAUCGUUGGAUUUACUGUACACCCAGCCAACAUCACAGCCAUUCCCCAACGUUGAAUCGUAUGCAACCCAGCUAGGAUCAAAUUUAAAACGGUCAAGUGCAAUUAUAGUGAAUGGUCGGCCCAUAAUACCGAGCCCACAAGAAGACUGUAAAUUGCAGUUUCAAAAGAAAUGGUUACAAACUCCAUUAUCGUCGCAUCAAUUGACAAGUUAUGACGGACACUUAAUUCCAGGCACUGGGACUUUUGUCGUUCAUUUUUCAGCAAAAGUAAGAUUUGAUCAAAGUGGAAGAAAUAGGUUAGGUGAGUCUGCCGACUUGUUUCAGGAGAAUAAUUCAAUUGUCACCAAAACGAACCAAAGGCCUAUUUGGGGGUCAUGGUUUGGUGUGGACGUGAAUUUGGUUGUUGACGAAAACGUUGUGCAAGACGGAGAGAUUAUAAACAGUAUGGAUUAUAGAUUUACCUAUGUACCCAACGAUAGCAUUAUAAAAGUCUAA